CAGCUGAGUUUCCAUUUCUUUUUUUGCUUCCACUUCUCAUUGAGUCUCAUUCUCACUCGUUUCCAUUGUGUUUGUUUCUUUGUUUACUGCUGAUAUUUUAGUCUUUUUUCUUCUUCUUUUUAUUUAAAUUAAAUAUUCGAAUGAAAAUGCCCUCGUUGAUUCCAAUUGAAAGGUCAAAAAUGUCUAAUGAAAUGUGGGAGAAGCUUAAGAUUCACAUAAUUAGGCAGCGAGAGAAAAGGAAACAAGAGCAAGAACAAGAUGCUGAACAGGAAAGACUUCGCCGGGAGCAAGAGCUUAAACGUAAAAAAGAUGCCAUGACAUUGGAAGAGAUUAAAGAUCAGCUUAAUAAAUUGGAGACCAAAUUGAAAGAUAUGAGAAAAGAGAAAACUGACCUUUUCUCUCAAUUGAAGAAAGUUCUUAAUGAAGGCCCAACCGUUCGUAAAAAACCAAGGGAAAGAGAGCCCGAAGUAACUGGACCCCAAUUGUUGAAUAAUCAUGUUUAUCAUCCCUAUUACAUCCCGACCAGUAUGAUGUCUGCGGCCAGUGUAGCCAAUUGUCAAUCGCCAAUGUAUCAUAGAAAUCCUAAUCUUAGUGUUCCAAUGACCUCCAUUGUUUCCAAUAAUGUUAAUAAUUACAUCUCUCAACAAUCUGCUACCAAUCAUACUCAAGUUGUACCGGUUUCCAUGCAUUCAGUUGCCGGUGUAAUGUCCCAAUCAGCUAAUCAAGGAUUAAAACGGCCUCUUCAAAGGUCCUACGAGAAGAGUCCGUCACCGCCCGGUGUGCCUUACACAGGAAUACUCCCGGUCUACAAGAAUCCAAUGUCAUAUACACCAGCCUUACCAAGAACUCAAUCUGGUAACUAUUUAUAUUACCCUCAAGGAGCACCUCCACAACUUGGGUAUGAGGUGAAAGGUACACCCUAUCAUAUAUUUCCAAGUGCACCAGGACCUUACGGUGAUAAUCAACAGCAAAUUGAAGCCGCUGAGUAUGAGGCUAGUAAAUUACGUUACGAUUAUCAACAGCAAAUGAGAGCUCAAAGUCUCGUUGGACCUCAUCCAUCUACCUCUUCACUGAUCCCAAUUCAGACAGGCCCAUCGAAACCCGGUGGUAUUAGUGCUGGUUUUCCCGUCCAGAGAGUUUCUGGUUCAAAUGCUGGGCCGAAUAUGGGUCCAGGUCGUGAUGGUGUUUCAGUUCUUUAUCCAGGUCGAGAACCUCAACCGUUUCCCAUCCAUGGUCGAGACAUGAGAGAUUCUUAUCCACCUCGAGAUAUGAGAGAUUCUUCAGUGCCCUACCCUCUUUAUUAUUAAUCUUUUCACUGAAUUCUCGUUCAUUUAUUAAUAGUAAUAAUUAUCAUUCAAAAUGCGCUUAACUUAAUCCAUUUAUUGUCUCUCUUUUUGUAAAUAAUUUCAUCUCCAAACAUUUUCUCCUGGUAAUGUCUUAUUCAAUUGGAGAGUAAAACAAGAGAUUUAUCUGGACAAAGCUGAAUGAUUGACCUUGUGUUAUCAAUUAAUCUCAACUGAAUUCUUGAAAUACAAUAACACUUACAACUUUUAAUGUAAAUUAAAUCAAAACCUCUAAUUGA